AAUAUAUAAUUUAUCGUCAUAAAACUUAAAAAUCAGGACAAAGUAAAAUGAUUUUUGGAUUUUGAUACUGGGAUAGGCAGAGCUCUGUCUCUUCUGUGGAAGAUUUAUCUGUUUUAUAGGGUUGCUUCCAGAGCUGGGAACUCAUGGCUAAUAGAAGAAAUGUCUUACUUGGAUUGUAGAAGCAGGAAGGUUAAUUGAAAAAAGUAGGAAGAUUUCUCACAUGCUUUAUUGAUGGAGAGUUCACCUACCAAGCUGGGCUCCAAAGGUAUAAUAAACAAGUAUGAAUUUAUAAGGGUCAUACUUCAGAGCUUAUACACAUUAGGGUACAAAAAGUCUGCUGCUUGUCUUGAAUCAGAGUCUGGAAUUCAGCAUAAAUCAUUGGAUUUUCAACUGCUGGAGUCUCAAAUACUAAAAGGAAAUUGGGAGAAUUGUAUCAAUACUCUAAAUGCAAUUAAGGAUUUGAAGGAUGACACAAGAUCUUCGGUUUUGUUUCUAGUAUUUAAGCAGUGUAUUUUCGAGUGUAUAAAUAGCGGGAAUGAUUCUUCGGCUUUGGCGGCACUGCAUGAACAGGUUCCCUCAUUACAAGUGAGCAAAGAGAAGGUUCAAAAACUUGCUUAUAGUUUACUUACAUUGAAGGAGAUAGAGCUGGAUAAAAUAGAGGAUAAUAUGAUCCUUGACCUGCGAAAAAGGUUAGUUAUGGAGGUGGAAAAACUGUUGCCUCCACCACUGAUGCUGCCAGAUAGAAGGUUAGAACACCUGGUUGAAACUGCUCUAACUGCUCAAAUUGAUUCAUGUAUAUAUCGCAAUUCAUCAGAUGAUGUCUCACUAUAUGAGGAUCAUUGCUGUGGAAAAGAUCAGAUGCCUACCAAGACCAUUCAGAUUCUAACUGACCAUAGGGACGAAGUUUGGUUUGUACAAUUUUCUAGUAACGGGGAGUACUUAGCUUCUUCAUCAAAGGACUGCACUGCCAUUAUUUGGAAGGUUAUGGAAGAUGGUAAGUUGACAUUGAAACACUCUCUCAGAAGUCACCAGAAUGCUGUAUCCUUCGUGGCAUGGAGUCCUGAUGACACGAAGUUGCUCACAUGUGGAAAUGCUGAACUUCUUAAGCUUUGGGACGUUGAAACAGGUGCAUGCAUGCAUACAUUUGGGGAUGAUGGCUUCAUUGUCAGCUCAUGUGCUUGGUUUCCUGACUCAAAGCGACUUGUAUGUGGCAGUUCUGACCCUGAAAAAGGCAUCUGCAUGUGGGACUGUGAUGGGAAUGAAGUGAAAGCAUGGAGGGGCAUGAGGAUGCCAAAGGUUUUGGAUCUUGCUGUAACGCCAGACGGGGAACAACUUAUCAGCAUUUUAUCUGAUAAGGAAAUUCGAAUAUUAAAUUUGGGGAAAAAGGCAGAGAGAGUCAUCGUGGAGGAUCAUUCAAUCACAUCCCUUUCACUUUCCAUGGAUGGCAAGUUCUUCAUUGUCAACCUAAAUAGCCAGGAGAUCCAUUUGUGGGAUGUUGCUGGAAAAUGGCAAAAACCAUUGAAGUAUAUGGGCCACAAGCAAAACAAGUACGUUAUACGAUCCUGCUUUGGUGGGCUGAACAGUAUGUUUAUUGCAAGUGGAAGUGAAAAUUCACAGGUGUACAUCUGGAACCGGCAAAACUCUAAGCCAAUUGAGGUUCUGCGUGGCCACUCGAUGACCGUAAACUGCGUCAGCUGGAACCCCAAAAGGCCUAAAAUGUUGGCAUCAGCAAGUGAUGAUCAUACAAUCCGCAUAUGGGGACCAAGCCAAACCGACAAGACGCAAUAAGAGAGCUCAUUUGAGAAGAAAGAGAAUCAAUUCAAACACUGUCUAUAGCCACCGUUCCUUUCCAUUUCAUUUAUUCAUCCGUAAAUUUGUUAAUUAGUGGCUUCCCCCAGUUUGCCCCGUCGCAAUUUUGUUGCAAAUAAUCCCUUGUAAAUAUCUACCACUUCAAAAUUUCAUAGUUAAUUUCUGACUUUGAUAAGGUGCGUUUUUGGUAUUAAUCAAAGAUUUUAUAGACA